AUUUAUCUCAACAUCCGACUUGUAUGUACGAGUUUGUGUGGCUUCCACUUUUUCUAAGUAGUCAACAAUAUCCCCAAAAUUGUAGUACUCUGGAAUUCCUUAUACACAGUAGAAUUAUUGGCAAUCCAUCAUGACGCGUGUCAACCAUAAUAAUAAAUAUUACAAGUUUGUUGUGGUUCUCCCCACGCACUUCUUUUCUCAACUACUCCGGGGCUCACUCGACACUUUCCUGUCAUUAUUUCACCAAUCCGUGUGGCUGGAACAAUAUGGCGAGCCCUAGAACAAUUCUCAGCUACAAUUAUCCCGACCCACCCCGCCUAGAUUACCAAGCUCAGUGGUAUGGCCAUGUUGGGGAUGACGACCCCAUGACCUGGGGCUGGGUCCAAAGCGUGCUCACCAUUGUUCUCGGAGUAAUCGUUCUGGGCACCGUCGUUGGCAACCUCUCCGUUUUAGUCCAUUUCACAAAGAGUUUGAAAACUCGAGGUCUUCACAACACGACGCCAACGCAUUUCUUCAUUGCGAACUUGGCCUGUUCGGACUUUCUCGUGGGGGUGCUUGUCCUUCCGUACCUCGCAACCCUUCAAGUCACGGGCAAGUGGUACUUUGGUCAGUGCUUCUGCACUCUGUGGGUCUGCACCCACUAUUGGCUCUGUGCCGCCUCAAUCCUCUCGACUUGCGCCAUAUGCAUUGAACGCUACAUUGGAGUCAAAUAUCCAAUUCAGCACAUGCGAAUUCUCAACCCUACCAGAAUCGGGAUCGCCAUUUUCUGUGUGUGGGUCUUGGCUGGCGUCCCAAGCAUCGUCCGCGUGUUUGCCUGGACUGACCCCAAGUUUGAGAUUCCGUACAAAUGUAUCAUCAACCAGAAGCUUGGCCACGCCAUUUUGGCCGCAGGGGGGAUUUUCUACCUUCCCUCGGCCAUCAUGGUGGUCCUCUAUUAUCGCAUCUACAAGAUUGCAAUGCGACACAUGAACUCUCAGAAAACCGGGGUGGGCAUUUCAUCUCGUGGUUUGACGUACCAAGUUAGCAUCGGAGCGUCCUCGUCAGCCUACACUUCUCCCAGCAAAUCCGCCUCUUCGAUCGUCAAGAGCAGUAAUUCGACGACGAAUAAUGGCGCUGACCAAAACUCCGUCAAGGAGAAAGGCAACGAUAAGAUUGCCAUCCCAACGACCACGAGAGCUUCUCCACCCUCACCAGCUCGCCAAGCUCGACCCAGGUCGACCAAGACGAUUGAGAGGAGACAGAUCAAUCUGGCCAAAAAGUUGGGUGUGCUGGUGGGCGUGGUUAUCUUGUCGUAUGGACCAUACUUCACUCUCAUCCUCCUCAAGUCAGUCAACCCAAACUGGGUUCAUCCUCAGGCUUUCAACUGCUUCGCCUGGAUUCGAUAUUUUAACAGUUUUCUCAACCCAUUCAUUUACGCCUUUGCCGUUCCUGCAUUCAAUCAGGCCUUCAAGACGAGUUUUAUUGGCAGACUUACCACGACGAGGAGAGAAAAAUGAGCACAUGCAUUGUCUCAAAGUCUCAUUAUUAUUAAUACUUUAUAUUACGAAAAAGUUUAUUCCCACCUUGCGAACGUUAAGGAAAGCAUUUACAUUUAAAUAAACAAACCCAAUCUCUAGAGACAGUC